AAUUUCCUGAUGUGAAAGUAUUAUCCAGGACCAUGGAGGUGCUGCAGUGCGAUGGCUGUGAUUUUCGAGCUCCAUCCUAUGAAGACCUUAAAGCUCACAUUCAGGAUGUUCACACUGCUUUUUUGCAGCCAACAGAUGUUUCUGAGGAAAGUCCUAGCCAGCCAAGGUCUGGCUCCAUGAAUGCUAGCAACCAGACAGAGGUCGAAUUUUCUUCUGUAAAGGAUGAAUUUACAAUUGCAGAUGAAAUUGCAGGGCAAAAUGCAGCUCAGAUGGGGACUGGAAGUUAUUAUAGCCAUAGCCAGAGUUUUUAUAGCCAGCACAUGGCCCCAAAUCCUAAACCAACAAACAAGUUUUUCCAGUGCAAAUUCUGUGUGCGUUACUUCAGAUCCAAAAACCUUCUCAUAGAACAUACCCGAAAAGUGCAUGGCACACAAGCUGGAGGGAGCUCGGUGGGACCGCCUGCUGCUGGAUCCUUAAAUUACAACAUCAUGAUGCAUGAGGGGUUUGGCAAAGUUUUCUCUUGCCAGUUCUGCACCUACAAAUCGCCAAGGCGUGCAAGGAUUAUUAAGCACCAGAAAAUGUAUCACAAAAAUAAUCUAAAGGAGAGUUCAACUCCCCCUACUGCCACAGCUGCCAUAUCUGAAUCUGCAUCCGCAUCCGUGCCGGUGCAGGAAUCCUGCAAGGAGCUGCCUGCUGAAGUAGUAGAGCGUAGCAUCUUGGAAUCCAUGGUCAAGCCUUUAACAAAGUCUAGGGGCAACUUUUGCUGCGAAUGGUGUAGCUAUCAGACCCCUCGAAGGGAACGCUGGUGUGACCACAUGAUGAAGAAGCAUCGCAGCAUGGUAAAAAUACUGUCAAGCCUGAGACAGCAACAGGAUGGAACCAGUUUACCUGAUGUGCAGAACAAAAGUGCACCAAACUCCGCCCCAAACUCCAACUAUAUCUCUAUGAAUGCUACAGGACGUGAGAUGCCGAAUGCCAACGUCUCAAACUUCAGAGGCUCCAUGAGUAACUCCCUUAUCAGACCCAAUUCUUCUACAUCUUCAAAGUUUUCUUCUGUGUCUUAUCCUCAAAUGAAGCCUAAGUCACCUCAUAACUCUGGUAUGGUUAAUUUGUCUGACAGAUCCCGCUAUGGAAUAGCUGACAUGACAAAUUCUUCUGCUGACCUGGAAACUAAUAGUAUGCUAAAUGACUCUAGCUCUGAUGAAGAGCUAAAUGAAAUAGACAGUGAGAAUGGCUUGAACUCCAUGGAUCACCAGACCUCAGGAAUGUCUGCAGAGCAGCUGAUGGGAUCUGAUGGUAACAAAUUAUUGGAAACAAAGGGGAUCCCCUUUAGAAGAUACAUGAACAGGUUCCAGUGUCCUUUUUGCCCUUUCCUCACUAUGCACCGCCGAAGCAUCUCCCGCCAUAUUGAGAACAUCCACCUCUCUGGGAAGACGGCUGUAUACAAGUGCGAUGAAUGUCCUUUCACUUGUAAGAGUUCAUUAAAACUUGGAGCUCAUAAACAAUGUCAUACAGGUACAACAUCAGAUUGGGAUGCUGUGAAUUCCCAGAGUGAAAGCAUAGCCUCCUCUCUGAAUGAAAGCACAGUGUCUUAUGAAAGUGGAAAUAUAAAUGGCAGGAAGUCAGGCGGAAUGAUGGAAUCCGUGCAGCAGCAACAGCAGCAGUCCCCUCAACCCCACUCUCAGCACCCCUAUAAAUGCACGCUGUGCAACUACUCCACAACUACUUUGAAAGGUCUCCGAGUUCAUCAACAACACAAGCAUUCUUUUUGUGAUAACUUGCCAAAAUACGAGGGACCGUCAUCCAAUGCUCCACAAGAGAGUGAGGUGGAUGCCCACGCUGCCUCCAGCACUGUGAAGAAAAGCCAGACCUCAAUUCUUGGGUUAUCAUCUAAAAAUAACUUUGUAGCUAAGACCUCUCGAAAACUGACAAAUGACUUUCCUCUAGAUCUAUCGCCUGUGAAGAAGCGAACUAGAAUCGAUGAAAUAGCGAGCAACCUACAGAGCAAAAUUAACCAAAACAAGCAACAAGAAGAUGCAGUGAUUAACGUAGAGGAUGACGAAGAGGAGGAGGAAGACAAUGAAGUGGAGAUAGAAGUAGAAUUGGACAAGGAAGAAGAACAAACAGAGCCAUUGAUGGAGGUGUCUAGUUCCUAUGCACCCCAGCAAAUGUGGGGAAGAGAUACUAAUGAUUCUCAGAAGGAGACUAAUUUCAGGAACAUGCCGCAUGAUUAUAAUUCCACCAAUGGGGCAGAAAUUGAGCUAACUUUAUCUGAAGAUGAGGAAGAUUAUUAUUGCUCUUCUGUCAACAUGAAGGAUCAUCAGGGGCCUAAUGCAUCUCUUCUGGGCAGCCAGUCGAGUAUGUAUGGAUCUGAUCAAAACAGUGAAAAUGCAGAGUUUAAUGAUUCCGGACGGCUUUAUUAUUGCAAACACUGUGACUUUAGCAACAAAUCUGCGAGGAGUGUUAGCACCCACUACCAACGGAUGCAUCCUUACAUUAAGUUCAGCUUUAGGUAUAUAUUGGACCCUAACGAUCACAGUGCUGUGUACAGAUGCCUUGAAUGUUACAUUGACUACACCAACUUUGAAGACCUGCAGCAGCAUUACGGUGAGCAUCAUCCGGAAGCUAUGAAUGUACUCAACUUUGAUCAUUCUGAUCUGAUCUACCGCUGCCGCUUUUGCUCUUACACUAGCCCGAAUGUUAGAAGCUUGAUGCCGCACUACCAAAGAAUGCACCCAACUGUUAAAAUUAACAAUGCAAUGAUAUUUUCAAGCUAUGUAGUCGAACAGCAAGAAGGGUUAAAUGCAGAGUCGCAAACACUGAGAGAGAUCUUGAAUUCUGCUCCCAAGACCAUGGCAACUUCCACCCCGGUGGCCCGCGGGGCUGGAGUUCCUGCUACAUUUAACAAAAAUGCUUCAAAGAGUUUUAGUCCAGAAUGUGAAAAUCAGAAAGAGCCUUCAGUUAAUAGCGUUGUGGUGUAUGACUGUGAUGUGUGUUCGUUUGCAAGCCCUAACAUGCAUUCUGUUCUGGUGCAUUAUCAGAAAAAACACCCUGAAGAAAAGGCUUCAUAUUUCAGGAUUCAGAAGACCAUGCGGGUGGUGUCUGUCGACAGGGGUUCUGCCCUGGCUCAACUGUCCUUUGAGCUGGGAACUCCCAUCUCCCCAAAACUUUCCAACAUGGCUUCACAGCCACCACCUCCCCCCCCACCACCACCAGACCUCACCACUGAACUCUACUACUGCAAGCACUGUUCAUAUAGCAACCGCUCGGUGGUGGGAGUGCUCGUCCACUAUCAGAAAAGGCAUCCAGAAAUAAAGGUCACUGCGAAAUACAUUAGGCAGACGCCCCCCACAGCAGCAAUGAUGAGGGGUGGUGAAAUGCCACCUGGCAUUCAGAGGCCACCAGCGUCUGUGCAGCUGAACAGGGGCAGCUCUGAGAGCUCUGUGGCUCCCCUUGAGAAUGAAAUGUUCUUCUGUCAGCAUUGUGACUAUGGAAAUCGGACCGUUAAAGGCGUGCUCAUUCAUUAUCAAAAGAAGCAUCGUGACUUCAAAGCCAAUGCAGAUGUGAUUAGACAGCACACAGCCACGAUUAGGAGCCUUUGUGAUCGUGGCCAGAAAAAAUUGUCCAGCAGCAUGCCUGCGCCCACUUCCAAUGCAGAGCGGGACAAGGCUAAACUAAGAGCUCUCAAAUGCCGGCAGUGUUCCUACACGUCGCCUUAUUUUUACGCACUGAGGAAGCAUAUUAAAAAAGACCAUCCAAGCCUGAAGGCCACAGUUACAUCCAUUUUACGAUGGGCAUUUUUGGAUGGCUUAAUAGAAGCUGGUUAUCACUGUGAAUGGUGUAUUUAUUCACAUACAGAGCCUAGCGGUUUGCUCGUGCAUUACCAAAGGAGACAUCCUGAGCAUUAUGUUGACUAUACAUACAUGGCCACUAAACUCUGGGCAGGUCCAGAUCCUUCCCCUCCAGCCCUAGUGAUGCCAUCAGAGGCAAAAACCUAUAAAUGCAGAGACUGCAUUUUUGAAGCAUCUUCCAUUUGGGAUAUUACUAAUCACUAUCAGGCUUUUCAUCCUUGGGCCAUGAAUGGGGAUGAAUCUGUGUUGCUGGAUAUCAUCAAGGAGAAAGAUGCUGCUGAGAAAGCUGGCACCCAGUCCGAUGAAGUUGGGACUAGGGUUAAUUCUGAAGACCAGAUAACCACAUCACAGAUGGAACAGGACGUGGAUUGUACAGAAGACUCCAGCCUCCCCCAAGAAAAAAAUGUCCAGCUGGCCUCUGCAAACCCUGCGAUAUCCUCCACACCGUAUCAGUGCACAGUAUGCCAGUCUGAAUACAAUAACUUGCACGGCCUCCUGACACAUUAUGGCAAAAAACAUCCUGGCAUGAAAGUUAAAGCUGCAGAUUUUGCACAGGACAUAGACAUUAACCCAGGAGCCGUGUACAAGUGCAGGCAUUGCCCUUACAUUAAUACGCGCAUCCACGGUGUCCUUACACACUACCAGAAACGGCAUCCGUCAAUAAAGGUCACCGCUGAGGAUUUUGUGCAUGAUGUGGAGCAGUCUAAUGACAUGUCCCAGAAUGAUGUGGAAGAAACAAGUAGGAUUUUCAAGCAAGGGUAUGGUGCUUACAGAUGCAAAUUAUGCCCUUAUACCCAUGGCACUUUGGAAAAGCUUAAAAUUCACUAUGAAAAAUACCACAACCAACCUGAAUUUGAUGUGUUUGCGCAGUCACCACCAAAGGUGUCUGCGUCCAUGGAGCCGGAGAGUACCCCUGAAAUAAAGGCUUCUCCGGAAAUUGCUGCUGAGGACAUCGGAGAAGUCGCCGUGCCAGCUUCUCAUUUCUCCAGCUCUCAUCUCGUGUCGCACACAGUGUUCCGGUGCCAGCUGUGCAAAUAUUUCUGCUCCACCCGGAAGGGGAUAGCCAGGCACUACCGCAUCAAACACAACAACGUCCGGGCACAGCCGGAAGGCAAAAACAACCUGUUCAAAUGUGCUUUGUGUUCCUACACAAACCCCAUCCGCAAAGGGCUUGCAGCACACUACCAGAAACGGCAUGACAUUGACGCUUAUUACACUCAUUGCCUGGCAGCCUCCAGGACGGUAAGUGACAAGCCCAGUAAAGUGAUCAUUCCGUCUCCUCCCAAAGACACCUCUCCUCAACUGAGCGAGGAGCUGAGGAGGGCAGUGGAAAAGAAGAAGUGCUCGCUUUGUUCCUUCCAGUCCUUUAGCAAAAAAGGCAUCGUGUCCCACUACAUGAAGCGUCACCCUGGUGUUUUCCCUAAGAAGCAGCAUGCGAGCAAGCUGGGGGGCUACUUUACAGCUGUGUAUGCUGACGAGCAUGAAAAGCAGAUCCUAGGUGAGGAGAGAAAUGAUUUUGAAAAGUCUGAGGUGGAGAAUGAGGCUCAGGAAAUCGAGUGGCUUCCUUUCAGGUGUAUAAAAUGUUUCAAACUGUCCUUCAGCACAGCCGAGCUGCUGUGUAUGCAUUACACUGACCACCACAGCAAGGAUUUGAAGAGAGACUUUACCAUACUGGGAUGUGGCACCCGCUCUCAGAGCUCUGCCUACCAGUGCAAGCACUGUGAUAGUAAACUGCAUAGCAUGGCAGAACUGACCUCACAUUUGAACAGUCACAAUGAGGAAUUCCAGAAGCGUGCCAAACGUCAAGAGAGGAGGAAACAGCUUUUGAGCAAGCAGAAAUAUGCAGAUGGUGCUUUUGCAGAUUUCAAACAAGAGAGGACAUUCGGUCACUUGGAAGAUGUAUCAAAAUUUAAGGAGAGGAAAGUUGUUGGAUACAAAUGUAAAUUUUGCGUGGAAGUUCAUCCCACCCUUCGAGCCAUCUGUAAUCACCUUCGCAAGCAUGUUCAGUAUGGGAAUGUCUCGUCUGUGACAGCUACCGUAAAGCAGGAAGCGGAAGAUUCUUCAAACACAACUUUGGAGGGUUUUGAGGGAGCAAAAGACCAUGGCAUGGUGGAAUUUACAGAAGCUGAAUCUGGAGCAUCCUUGGAAGAUGAAACCAGGCCUGGGGGCUACCACUGCAGCCAGUGUGACCGGGUUUUGAUGUCUAUGCAGGGUCUGCGAUCUCAUGAGAGAAGUCAUUUGGCUCUGGCCAUGUUUACCCGUGAAGACAAGUACAGCUGCCAGUAUUGCUCCUUUGUCUCUGCUUUCAGGCACAAUUUGGAUCGCCAUAUGCAGACUCACCACGGACACCAUAAACCAUUCCGUUGCAAACUCUGCCCAUUCAAGUCUUCCUAUAAUAGCCGCCUGAAAACUCAUAUACUCAAAGCUCAUGCUGGUGAACAUGCCUACAAAUGCUCCUCCUGCUCAUUUUCCACCAUGACAAUCAGCCAGCUGAAAGAGCACUCCUUGAAAGUGCAUGGGAAAGCACUGACACUACCAAGACCCCGCAUUGUCAGCCUUGUAGCCUCAUUCGCCCAACACGCCUCCAAGAACCACACUCCUGCUGAAGAAGUGGAGGACUCUAAUGAAUUGCACCCAGACCAAUCGGAGGGGCUGGACAUCAGGCCAAUCAAUGGGGCUGGACACCCGGCCAAUUGGUGGAGCUGGACAUCUGCUCCAAUCAGAAGCUCUGUGGGCAGAGUCUCUGGUGGGCCAGAGUUCUCCAGAACCAGCAUGGGAGGGGACUGGCAGAACUGUCAGUCCUAAGCGGCACACUUCAUCCCUUGGGUAACUUCAUUUGUCGCACUGGAGCUGCACCAUGAAUGCAAUUGGCUCAAAAGAUUAGAAAUAAAUGGACAACUUUUAUUUUAAAAUCUUUGGCGAUAGUGUGUGUAUUGAGAUCUGACAUUUGAAAUACAAAUACGUUUUGUUUAUUUCCAAGUCCUAUUCCAUGUUUAGACUGUGGAAUUUUUAUCACUUGAAUAAAUACAUGGUUGAAACCUGACCUGUGUAUUGAACUGUUAAGCCAGUACAUCCAGGUGGCAGCAUACUCCUAGCCUACUGCAGUGCUCAGACUUUAACCAGCAGUCUCUGACUAAACAUAGAUGCCAUACUUUCAAGCAGGUCAUUCAAAUGUGUAAAGUUAUUCCGCGUGCAUCAGUCCUAUAUAAUGAGGAAAAUCACAGUGAAGAAAACACAUUCGACACUAGAAUUCUGCUCUGGCCUGAAAAAAUAGUAAGCAGGGAGCUUGUUGCAGAAAAAUGACUGGGAUAACCUGCGUUUUAACAAAUGGAAUUGUGCUUGGCAUAAAAUAAUAAUAAACAAAUGUUUGGAGGUAAAGUUAAAGGAUAAUAAGCUAAAAAUAAAACCAAGAAAGCAGCUUGGGGGAAAGGUGGGAUAAAGAAGCAACAGAAUUAAUGGCCCAAGACUGAAUAGAUACACAGAGAGCAGUGUCCUUUCCUACCUAGAAUUGGUCAUUCCAAAUCAGCACUUUCGUAGAGCAGCGUAGGGAUGCAGAUAGUGCUGCUGGCCACGUUGUACCUACUCUGUGGAUAAAUAGAGGCCUUGAAUGCCAAUGUUAAUAGAAAUUCCUGGCAGUAUAGGAAGCUUUGGAAUAGGAGGGGACAGGAAGCUCUUUGGUUGGUCCCCUCCCUGCAGAUAAAAAUAAUAUGGUACAACUUCGUCCUCCAAUUACUUUUCUCUCUUCUGAAAUGUAUCUAGUUCCCAUUGCUUUUCCUUGUAAUUGAUUAUAGAGUGUAUUAUUACUACUGUAUACCUGAUCCUGUACCCAGUGAAAAAUCAAUUGGAGAACUCCCAUAGACUUCAAUGGGAAGCAGUAUGGGUCCCUCGCUGUGUAAAAUAAUUUUACCUUCUGAGUUUCACCUUCUAAAUUCCUUUUGUUAUUUUCUUCUCUAGAUUAAGUGCAUGUCCUUUCUAAGUGAUUUUGACACUAGCACAAGGAGUUGUGCAACGUCUGUCCCCUCUUUGUUGUGUUCAGAAUUACGUGUGUGUCUAUAACUCAAAGGAAAAAAGGAGAUUAAAAGUUACAAAGGAGCAUGGAUAUAGUCUCUCCAACCUUUUUAUUUGAUCAACUAAGAUCCUACAGUCUGUGUAUCUUUCUGGUUGCCCUCUGUUGUACCUUCUAUACAUCUAUAGUAUCCUUUUUAAUGUUAAAAAAAUGGCCAGAACUGAUCGAAGCAUUCCAAAUGUGGUCUUGAUACACAGUGCUGGAAUAACUUCCUCCAGUGUAUAUUCAGUACUCCCCCCCCCCCCUUUUUUUUUUAUGCAUCCUUAAAUGUCAAUUGUUUUUCUCUGCUGCAUAAAGCAGUGUGUGGCGGGUUUUUGUUUUCAUCCCCUCAGAUCUUUCUCCUGCUUAUUUCUUGGCAGGGCCUAAACGUUGAGGGCCUGAUUGUCAUUUACACCAUGGCCACUUCAAUGUUGUUCUGACAGAGUAAAGGGGCCCUUCUGCGUAAAUGAGAAUUAAGCCCAGUGAGUUCAAUUUUAAAAAAAAUAAAAAAAAAUCUGGUCAUAUUAAAUUUCCUUGCACUCUCGGUAUUUUCCACAAGCACCCAUGCUUCAAGUCUGUGUUGAAUCCUUCUCAGUCUUUUCACCCUCCUUCUCCUCCCCCACUAUGUUUCAUCUUUAGAGUGUUUCACCCUCCCACAUAUUCCUUCUUCAGGUCAGUGAGGUGUGGCGUCAAGUGAACAAGUGUGUGUCAUCUUCGUGAUCUUUGUGGAACUCCACUUCCCCACCUUCCCACUUCUCAUGCUGUUGCUGCUACAUGAGUAGAAUAUCCUCUCACCGCUCCCUAAGCUGGUCCUUGGAGUCCGGUUGAGUUUCAGUGGGAUUCAUAUUUUGAAAUCACAAAGACUCUUUUCAAAAUCCCACCCUGACGUGUUUUUACUUGCUCAGUGUCUAGCAUCGCAUCUUGAUUUGGUUUUUUUCUUAGAGGAGAAACCAUUUGCUUGUAUUUUUUCUUUCUCAAAAAAAAAAUCUGACUCUUCCUUAUUACAGUCUUCCCUUCGUGAAUAACAUUCUAGGGGCUUCCCUGUUACAGGCUGUCCAAUAUGUCCUCAAUGCUGAAGUUGCUGUUCCUAUUCUGUAUUGUCUUGGAUCUUUCCAUGGUAUCCCAUUUGCUUCUUGCUUUAGUUCAUCAUCCCAUUUUUGCCCAAAGAGGCUUUUAAAUACAUGUUGAAGUGUCCCAAUCUCUCGCACUUUCUUUGUUCAAAACUGGAGCUGGAUAAGAGCUUCUCCAACUUCUGAUUUCUUAUUUUGUUUCAUUCCUCACCUUCAACCCUCCACAAGAAGAUGAUCGGUGACUUUGUAGUUUCUGUUCUGGUAUGAAUUUUACAGGGAACUAAUGUCUUUAUUUUUAUCUGUCUCUCUCUCUUUGGUCAUUGAUCUCUCUCUCGCUAUCACUUAGAGGCUAGAGUACUCUUGUUCCUCAUGUACUCAGUCUAUUGCAUCUCUUAUGCAAUAUUGUAUUCUCCAUCUCUGACCUUAAUGCUGAAAGCACUGAAGCAUAUGUUUAAUGCUAGACAUGUGUAGCCCAUUGACUUCAGUGUCUGAAAGACUGGGGCACUCAUUUGUAUUUUUUUUAUUAUUUUUAGUUUAAUUGUGUAAUCUUCCUAUUGCUUCUCUGUGCCUGAUGUUUAAACAUUUUGUGUUUGUAUCUCUUAGCCUAAACUGGUGUUUGCUCUGAUGUGUUUGUGUCGAUAGACAGAUCUUAUAUGUUAGACUUCUGUAUGGUAUUUCAACUUGAUUUUCUUGGAUUUUCAAGUACAUUAUAAUAUCCUGGGAUGAAAAAUUAAGUUUAUUUUUCCUUCUUCAAAAAUAUUCUAUUUUUCCUUUUGUUAAAUUAAAAAAAAACAAUUUUUAUGCACGUUGGCGCACGUACAUUAAUUUGCCCAAGACUGGCUAUGGAAACUUGGGAAUUUUCAUUCUUAUCUAGUGACUUACUGCACUUUUAAAUAUUUUUUCCUAGUAUUUCUCUAAUUUUUCCACAAUUCCAUGGUAUAUGUAUGAAACUGUUGUUUUCUCUAUUGCAUCUCUUCCACUUGCUUAUUUCAGAUAUGCUUCAUUUCUUUUGGAAUAAAGAAAUCCUCUUGUACCUUACAUAUGAUAUUUAUUGUUAAUAUGUUGUGUUAAUACAGAAGAGUUUUCUCAUUCUCUUGAGUUAUGGAAGUCCAGGUGUUUCUCCAUAGACUCCUGAUACCACAAUUUUUAACAAACUCUGUAAACAGUUAAUGCCAUUGCGUAUGGCUGUACACAUCAGGUAUGGUACCAUGGCAGCCAACCAUGUGUUGCUCUUUCCAGUGUAAAAAGCAGUAAUCAGUCACAACACUGUUGUUUUUCUGUGUUGCUAGGAUCUCCUAACUGGGAUGGCCAAUCUUACUCCUUCCUUUCGUAGGCCUCUUUAAUUAGGGCAUCCUGUAUGCACUAGCCAAAGUGUUGCUGAAAUGAUCUGAUUGCAUAUCCUCCAGGCACUUUGGGUCAAAUUUUCAAAAGUGCCUGAGUUUCACUUAAAGCCUAUGAGAUUUAAGAUCCAAAGUGACUUAGGUGCUUUUGAAAUUUUUAUCCUUUGUCCGUUACUGAGUCACUACUAAGAGAGUUUCCCAGAAUGCAAUGGUUAAGAAACGUGGUAGGCAUGGAUGCACAAAUGUAGUUAACACAAAUAUAGUUAACACAAGAGUCACAGCAACUCUUCCCCAUCCCACCCUCCAACUUGUACUGGAUAUAACCAGUUCAGAUGAUCACUUCGCCAUGUGGUUACGAGCACACAGUUUAUUUCUAGACGGGAUUUUCAGAAGCAAUCUUUGGUGACCAAAACUGCUCCCUUUGAAGUCAAUAGUAAAAUUUCUCCCUUUGAAGUCAAUAGUAAAACUUCCAUUGAUUUCAUUGAGAACAGAAUUAGGUCAAUGGUGAGCACUUCUGAAUAUAGGCAGGAACUUAGUUAUCUGCUACUCUUAUGGCACCACCUAUGCAGUUAGCCUAUUGGAAAAUCUUACAGGUUACAUUGCAAGUCACAAUAUUUCUACCGUGACCACUGUUCUUCCAAGUUUUGUUGUCUCAGUUACUACCAAUUCUUCCUUCAUUGGCGUGGCUACUGCUGCUCUUCUUUUUAUGUCUGAACAUUCUAUAUUUUCUCUGAAUAAACUUUUGAAGUAGCAUAGUAUGUCUUGUAUGUCUUUUGUGUAAAAAUCGCUAAUAAAAGCAAAUCUCUUUGGUAUUUGUUUGAAUAUUUGACUAUUUCGCCCUGGUUGAUUUGUUGCUUGCCAGUCGCAUUUCAAUGCAGUUUCCGAUAUCUGUGUACAGAAACGUCCCAUAUUUUCUUUGUCAUGUUAGCCAUUCUCCUGUUUUGAAUUUAUUUUUUAAAAAUUUGCUAGUUUUUCUUAUCACAUGCUCAGCCCUCGUUCAUGGUUGUUUUUCCUGCUAUGAAUCUUUUAGGGCCUCUCUUUUGGUUUUCUGUAUUCCAUUAUUUAAUAUAAUUUUAUAACUGCUCCCUGUCUGCUGAAUGUCUUUCUUCUUCUUCCUGGGCUUUGAUGCAAACUUGGGAUACCAUUUUUCUUUGCUUUCUUCAAACCUGGAUUGCAGAUCCCUCUGUCUACUCUGGGCUGAGAUUGCAAAUGCCUUUUGGGAGUUUGCCCAACCCAACUUUUCCUCUGGAUGCAGCAAAAGGCUGGCAUGUAAUUUGCACCAUUAGUAGGGCCCUACCAAAUUCACAGUCCAUUUUGGUCAAUUUCAUGGUCAUGGGAUUUUUAAAAUAGUAAAUUUCAUGACUUCAGUUAUUUAAAUCUGAAAUUUCAGAGUGUUGAAAUUGUAGGGGCCCUGGCCCAAAAAGGAGUUGUGAGGGAGGGGUGGGGUUGCAAGGUUAUUGUAGAGGGGGUUGCGGUACUGUUACCCUUACUUCUGCGCAGCUGCUGGUGGUGCUGCCUCAGAGCUGGGCACCUGGAGAGCGGCUGCUGGCCGGGAGCCCAGCUCUGAAGGCAGAACUGCCAUCAGCAGCAGCGCAGAAGUAAGGAUGGCAGGAUAUGGUAUUGCUACCCUUCUGCCUGCAGAGCUGGGCCCUCAGUCAGCAGCCGCCGCUCUCCAGCUGCCCAGCUUUGCAGGCAGCAGCGCAGAAGUAAGGGUGGCAUGAUGCGGUAUCACCACCCUUCCUUCUGCACUGCCCCUGGCGGGGCUCUGCCUUCAGAGCUGGGCGUCUGGCCAGCAGCUGGCGCUGUCCAGCUGCCCAGCGGCGAAGGUAGUAGAGAAGUAAGGGUGGCAAUACUGCACCCCCCUAAAAUACCUUUGUGACACCCCCCCGCCCCCGAAACUCCCUUUUGGGUCAGGACCCCCAAUUUAAGAAACACUGGUCUCCCCCAUGAAAUCUGUAUAGUAUAGGAUAAAAGCACCCAAAAGACCAGAUUUCACGGGGGAGUCCAGAUUUCACGGUCUGUGACGCGUUUUUCAUGGCCGUGAAUACUUUGCUGUCCAGGGGUGCUUAAAUACUUUGCUGACCAGGGGUGGGAUUUAUUACUCACACAUAUAACUGUCUUGCUGAGUUGGGGCUAUACCACCCCUUCUCCUUUGUAUUGAAUUGCCAUUCUUUUGCUCAGAAUAAAGAACCUAACCAGUCAUUAUUGUACUACACCAGCUCUUUUUUUUUUUACCCCUAACAUGGCUUUUACCUACGUACAGUGCUUGCUGUACUAUGCACUAAAGGCUUGAUCAAAGCCCACUGAAGGCAAUUAUGAGUCUUUCCAUUGACUUCAGUGGGCUUUGGAUCAAGUACUAAGGGCUUGGUCUAGAGCAGUGGUCUUCAACCUGUGGUCCAUGGACCCCUGGGGGUGUCCAGACUGUCUAAGGGAUCCGCAAAAGUUUGUCAUUACCAUAGAACAGUGGUUUCAACCUGUGGUCCAUGGACCCCAGACUAUGUCUAAGAUUUCCAAAGGGGUCCGCACCUCCAUUUGAAAUUUUUUAGGGGUCCACAAAUGAAAAGGUUGAAAACCACUGGUCUAGACCUCAUUGAAGUCAGUGGAAAGACUCUGUUCCAUUCAGUGGCUUUUUGGACUGGGCCCUAAGUGUUCCUUGUAGAAUCGUGUCUGUAAGCAUUCCACCUUUGAUCUAGAAUAUUACGUAGUCUUGCAAACUGCUUCUUAGAAAUCAACAGAAGCCACGUAUACUCACGUUAAUCCUAGUUGUUUUCCUUCAGGAAGCGCUAAAUCUUGCACUGCUCAAGGAAUCCGAGAGAAAUAAAACAUAUUGGCAAAAGAAGAGGGGUGAAAUAGCCAUGCAGAGCUGUAGGCAUAAAUGUUAACAUUGUUUAAACGUGAGCGUAUAAUCACAAACUACAGUGGGGUGUGGAUAAUUUAUUUUCUAUAAAUAUUGAAGUGCCGAUCAAGUGUAGAAUAUUUUCAUCAAAAGAGCUAUAAACCAAAAAUAGAAAACAAAUGCACACCAAUCCCAGUUGAAUGAAGAAAAUUCAAAUAUAAAUGCACAUUAUGUUCCUUUUGGGUAUUUCCCAUGAUAAGAAUGUUGAUGUUUGUUUCACCUUUUACCUCCUGUGGGUUUAUAAAAGUGCCUCUUUAUUUCUGCAGGUUUCACAGGGCAGCUUCCGCAUACAUAUGUAAAUACCAGAGUUUAAGGCUUCUUCUUUUUUUCUUUUUCUUUUUUUUUUUCAAUGAGGCAGCUGGAGUAAUGUGCAGCAGACUCUAGGGAGAAGGAAAAUGUGUGAAAUAAAGUAUAAUGGAUCUUCCAGAAACCCCACUUCGGGUUAAAAGAUCAGCCACCUUUUUACCAACGGCUAAUAUUCAAAACAUUGAUGGGUGAAAAUGUGGGCCAGCUUCUCAGCUGUUAUAACUACGCCUAGCUCCAUUGGAGUGGAUGAAGAGGAACCCAUUUAUUUCUGCUUAAGAUCUGGCCCAGAAUGCUGAAGAUGUGAUGGAAAUUGUCAGUCUCCUUGUUGCUAAGUAAUGGAUCAACAAGGUUUUGUUCAGUGAUUUACAGGAGGCCUGAAUGGCGCGCGCACACAACUGCCUGCUGUGACGUCAAAAUUAUUAGGAUGCCAGGCCCUUGUAUGGGAGGCUGUGUCUAACUGGGACGUUAGAACGGUUGGGUCACAUAACCCAGACGUUAGUUGCUUCCCCUCUUUGAAAGUUAGACAGUAUACAAUGAACUCUUAUGACUUACUGGCCAAAAGCAAUGCAAAGGAGCACUUUGCCUCCUCUCUCUCUAAGGAAGUAAUGGCUUUUAGAGAAGGCUGCUUCAGCUCUUAGCUUGCUAGACCUGUGCUAAUGUGGAGGGUAUACGGGUCUGUUUCGAACAAAAGGAAAACAAACCUUGAGAUUUUAAAGGCGGGGGUGGGGGGGGGGGAAGGGGGGGGGGCGGACUCUGUAAACCACUAAUGAAAUGGUAAACAAACUUG